CGCGUGCGUCAUACAUUGACCCGCUAUUGUAUGCAGGCAGAGGCAAUCCACAUCAACGUUCCUGGAUGUCGGUUUUGAUUGUAUUUCGGUGCACCGUCUAAUUGUCUAAGAUGGCUUCGAACAAUAAUAUUGUGAUCGCCUUCGAUUUGUACGGGACGCUGCUCUCGACUGAGAGUAUUGCUAAGGAGUUGGCUGCUCAUUUUGGUGAUGAGAAAGCGGGGUCUAUUGCUGCGUUGUGGAGGAGAUUCCAGCUUGAAUACACAUGGAGAAUGAACAGCAUGGGACUCUACAAACCCUUCUCCGAUAUCACCAAAACAUCCCUCCAGCACGCCCUAGCCGAACACUCCUCGACACUCUCCGAUUCAGACAUCUCCCAACUCAUGAGAGCCUACGACUCCCUCUCGACCUUCCCGGACGUUGAACCCGCUCUCAAAGCCAUUUCCACAGACCCCUCAAUCGACGCAUACGUCUUCUCGAACGGAACCGACGCCAUGGUCAGCUCCUCCGUGAAGCAAUCCCCCUCACUGUCUCCCCACGCUUCGAUCUUCAAGGGACUCGUAACUGUCCAGGAAGUGGAGCUAUUCAAGCCGCACCCAAAGGUAUACUAUCACCUAGCUGGAAAAGUGGGGAAGGGGAGAGGAGAUAUGGGCAGUAUCUGGUUGGUGAGCGGCAAUCCGUUUGAUGUUGUUGGGGCGAGAGCUGUGGGUAUGCAGGCAGCGUGGGUGGAUAGAGCGGGAGGCCAUCAUGGAAAGGGAGGGUGGAAUGAUAGAUUGGGGGAUUUGGCUAGUGGUGGACCGACGCUGGUUGUUAGCGGGGUGGAGGAUGCGGUUGAGAAGAUCAAGGAUUGGACGAAGAAGAAUGAGGGAAGUGGUGCUGGACAUAAUAAGGAGGCUGCUGCUAUGGGACCUGGUUGAGGCGGACACCGUACUAGCAAGGGACGAAGGUAGCUACUGAAUGAAUUACUAUAUUUUGCUCGUGCUGCUCAUAUUUUCGGAUAGCUUUCUAUGUAUAGCAUUGAAAUGCUCAAUGAUAGAGCAAAAUGUCUUUGUUGUGAUCUUCGCAAAACAUCGAAAUCAGCGGAAAAAACCAGGCUAGAUGUUCUCG